AUGAAGGCAAUGGAGAGUCAGAGAAAGGCUACUGUUGAUGAAUUGAUGAUGAAAAAUCAGGAGCUGGAGAAAAUGGAGAAGAACAAGUAUGCUGAGUUAGAGAAGAAAUUUGUCAUGGUUGAAAAAGAAUAUUCAUACCUGAAAUCACUCUAUGAUGCUGAAGAUGAUGAAGUAGUAGCUUCAGAUGCGAUAGUGAGUGGUGACGAGAGUGAUGCUGAGAAUGAACAAACGAAGAAAAGAUGUGUUGAGGAUAACACACAACAAGUCGGUGGUUCGAUGGCUUCCAAGAAGCAGAAGACUCAAGACACACCUUUGUCCAAUUCUUACGCUUUUUCCUAUGAAUACAACAAAGACGGACCGUUCGUUGAUGAUAAAGACGCAUGCGCCGACCUGCAACGGCUGGUCAAAGAUAUUCCCUAUGACUUUCCGCUGGUCCACGAGCUUGAAGAGUCUGAGGCGUACAAAGACAUGGCUCACGCCAUUGCACAGAUGACCGCCAAGGCGAACAGUGUCAUCUGGUUGUACGAUCGUCGUCUGAAAAUGGCGCUGGGGAUCAGAACGGAGUGGUCGGAAGAUGAGUUUCUGACCGAUCUGUUAGAGGAGGAGGCGGUUUUAGACAAGUCUCGCGCAUGGACAAAGGUGAUUUGCUCGACGAACCGUAUCGUCUGGUGGUAUGAUCGUAAGCUCAAAGCGGCGCAGGGUGUUAAAAAAGAGCUGUCCCGGGUUCGCGAGAAUCUCAGGGUGGAGAAGAGAAAGUCGUUGCUACGUAAGAAGAGUGUAAAGGAGCUUUCCAAGAAGAGUGAGGCUCUUCAGGCUGAGAACUUUCAGUUUGCGACCGAGCUGAUAGGAUCGAAAGAAACCGUGGCUGCUCUCAAGGCUGAGAAAGCGAGACUUGUUGAUAAGUUGGUGUCGAAUGUGAGGAAGUCUAUGGAUUCGUUGACAUCUCAAAUAGAAGGGAGUAAGUGA